GCUAAAUAGAGGGCCAGUCAUAAAGCUGCUCACCACAACCAUCUCUAAAAACGUGGCUAACUUACUUCAUGACACCGUGGAUAUGAUGGCCAGAAAGAGAGCCUUGUUAGAGUCUGACACAGACACUGAGGCCGUCUCAGUCUCAGAGUACUCCAUCUCAGAGUCAGACACCUCAGUGUCCACUUCCCGCCUGCCUGAGGACAACCUCCGGUCCCAGGACUGUGGUGGACACAGUGGGACUCUGUGCCCUGGACAAGGGGGCAGUGUUCUGGCAAAGAGAGGAGUCACUGAAACCCUGAUCAGCUCCAGCAGCAGCAGCAGCAGAAACAGUAGCUGCAGCAGUAUCACUAGUGAGAUGAGUAGGCCUCACAGUACCUCCACCUGCUCUGUGAAAGAUCUUCCUACUGAGAGACCACAUGUGUCCUCCUCCAGCCUUUCCACCAGGCCAGAGGAGGCUGUUGCAACUCUAGCCAUGAGCUCCCACGAGGACUCAGCAAAUGUGAAGUCCUCAAGAGGAGAGGAUAAACAGCGGAGAAAAGGGAUCUUUACAAUCCACUGGAAAUCUAAAAGAUCUAUAGCUCCAUCGCCAGUGGUGGAGAAGCCUGUUGCCCAUUCCCCAGAGAGGACCAGGAGGCCAUCGCUGUCAUCACGCUUAGCCUCUGGCAUCUGCAGACUCUUUUGCUGCUGUGGUAAAGGUCAGGAUUGACCUCUUGUGGCAGGAAGAGGAGUUGAACCUCCUUUAAUUUCAAUGUUUUGCUUUGGGCCUGAAGAUUCAAGGUCCACGAUCCCAGUUGCUUUGGGCCCAGGCAGGGGCUUGUGAAAGUUCUGAUCUGACCACUUUCAAAAGUACCUUCCCUCUGGGCUGAGGGUGCGAUCAUAACGGACUGCACAAGGGCAGGAGCCACGUGCGUCAGUAUUGUUAUGAUGUUGCUCUGAAAGGAGUUCAAAAUAAAAUCCUUUCCAUUG